AGACAGACAGGCAGACAGACAGGGAGAGAGAGAGAGGGAGAGACCCAGGGAGGGACCCAGCCUGAUCGGGGCAGGGCGACUGACAGCCUCCAGCCCGGAGAACACAGCAGCGAUCCCGUGUGAAAAAUGUGGAUCUACAAGUCAGUGUCUGCUGGCACCUGGAUUUAAUCAAGUUAUUGCCAAAACUUUUCUGGUACAAGCAUGAAGGGCCAAAAGGUCUUUAUCAUCUGAUUCUAUUUGAACAGUUGGAUCUGGACAGUUGGUGCAGGAGCCAGUGACUAACGUGCGAUGUCUCAUCCAAGUGCUCCCCCUACUUAUGAAGAAUCAAUCAACCCAUUGUACCCACCCUCGGGUGAGCCUGGACCUUACCCAGCCUACCCGCCAGGGGGGAAUGCCCCUUACCCCCCUGGGGGAAAUGCCCCCUAUCCACCUGGGGGAAACUCUGCCUUCCCACCGAUGUUCCCUCAUUCAGGAAAUCCGAUGGGACCGCCAGUGAUGCCAACAAUCCCACUGAACCCUGCCUGGCCCGGAGGGAAUUCGGGGGCCUAUGGUAGCUCAGAACCAGAACCAGAACUUGGCAACCAAGGGUUUGCUGCCAAUUCCUGGGAUGAUCGGAAAGUUCGUCACACAUUCAUCCGAAAGGUUUACAUGAUCCUUACGGCUCAGUUGUUGGUCACCUUUGGGAUUGUCGCCAUCUUCACAUUCAGUGCUCCAGUGCAGCAUUUUGUACGCACGAACUCCGCAGUUUACUGGGCGGCUUAUGGAGUGUUCAUCGUGAUAUAUUUUGUCCUGAUCUGUUGUGAAGGACCCAGGAGGAAAUUUCCAUGGAAUAUGAUCCUCUUGGCUAUUUUUACCUUGGCUAUGUCAUAUUUGACUGGAACAAUUGCAAGUUACUACAGCACCAAAUCUGUGUUUCUCUGCCUGGGGAUCACCGCCUUGGUGUGUCUUGGGGUCACCAUCUUCUGCUUCCAGACUAAGGUGGAUUUCACCUCAUGUGGUGGCCUGUUCUGUGUUCUGGGAAUUGGCCUCUUCGUUGCUGGGAUUGUAGUUACAAUUGUCCUGUCCUUCAAAUAUAUUCCAUGGCUUCACAUGCUGUAUUCUGCAAUCGCAGCCAUUGUUUUCACUCUGUUUUUGGCAUUUGACACCCAGCUGAUCCUGGGAAACAGGAAACAUUCCAUCAGCCCGGAGGAAUAUGUUUAUGGUGCACUCCGUCUCUACGUCGACAUUGUCCAAAUCUUCAUCCACCUUCUUCAGCUGUUUGGAUCCAGAUGAAGACACAAGGUGCAAUCCUAUUACAGGCACAACUCUUCAGCUUCCCUCCUUCUGUCCUUUCUUUGUACAAAAUAACCUCAUGCUUGUAGAAUGUAGGAAAGACAUUACCUUCAGUGCAAUUGGAAUCAUCAGUCACGGACUCCCCCGAUCAUCCACCCCAUACCAGCCUGGUCUUGGAAAGAAAUCAAUUCUAAAAUAGAACCAAAACCACUGGUCAAACCGAACAGGUCUGACGGCUCUCUCUGGAGAGAGAGUGACAGAGUGAAUGUUUGAUGAGAACUGGAAAGAUGCUUUAAACAAGUCAAAGCCAUAGGAAUUGUGAAGAAAAUUAGAUUCCCUACAAUGUGGAAAGAGGCCCAUUUGGCCCAACCAGUCCACACUGACUCUCCGAAGAGUAACC